CACAGCGCGUUUGUGUGCGGUGCGCCACGGAGCUUUUUUUUUUUUUUUUUUUUGUAUUUUUUACGCACGCUUUUCAAAGGCAGACGGGAGCCAGUCCAGGACAGUCAACAGCGCUUUUUCAACACAACAACUUUGGACUUCGUCCUCACCGUUUGGGAAGAGAAGCGCACACCGGCGUGUUUUUUUUUUAAGCACGUGUGUGUGUGUGUGUGUUUUGUUUUUAAUCAAGCAGCGGAGGGAACGAUGUUUGGACCGAAGGAGAAGUAGCCUGUUUACUGUAUUUUUAUUCGUCUUACUUUGAGCACCUUUUGACAAACUUGCUCGCUUGUUUGCACUUGAUAUAUUAUUACGCCCCCCAUCCCAUCCUCCCCAAAAAAAUGGAUUUUGGACUCUUUGUACAACACAUCACCAUCAUCUCCCGUGUGAGGAGACGCACGAUCGCCCACUAACACAAUUUCAGCGCAAACCGGCGCGCGCGUGGAUUCCCUGGGACGUUCGACAAGACGGGAGGAGGACGAGGAGAGUUUUCUCCUUUUUGCUUUUAUUUCCUGGGUUCGAGUCCAAAAGAUGGAUUUACCGGCGUGGUUUCGCGUGUGCGCGCUCACACUUGCGACCGCUCUGUCCGUCACGGCGGACGAAGGAGGCUCUGAGGCGACAUGCGGCGGCAAUCUGGACGCCAGCGACGCGGGCUACAUCACCACGCCCGGCUACCCGCUGGAGUAUCCCCCGCACCAGAACUGCCGCUGGGUCAUCACUGCGCCGGAACCUUCCCAGCGCAUCGUGCUCAACUUCAACCCGCACUUCGAGAUCGAGAAACUGGACUGCAGGUAUGACUAUGUGGAGAUCCAUGACGGUAACUCGGAAUCUGCCGACUUAUUGGCAAAGCACUGCAGCAACAUCGCCCCAGCACCAAUCAUAUCAUCCGGACCCGCCCUCCACAUCAAGUUUGUCUCCGACUACGCCCACCAGGGGGCGGGUUUCUCGCUGCGCUACGAAAUCUUCAAAACUGGUUCAGACUGUUCCAGAAACUUCACAAGUCCCUCAGGUCUCAUCGAGUCUCCAGGGUUCCCUGACAAAUACCCCCACAACCUGGAGUGCUCCUUCAUCAUCGUUGUGCCCCCCAGCAUGGACGUGAGUCUCACUUUCCUCACCUUUGACCUGGAGAAUGACCCCUUGCCUGGAGCAGAGGGGGACUGCAAGUACGACUGGCUGGAAGUUUGGGACGGGCUUCCUGGAGUGGGCCCACUGAUUGGUCGGUAUUGUGGAACCAUGGUACCGCCAGAGAUCCAUUCAUCAACCGGGAUCCUCUCUCUGUCCUUCCACACUGACAUGGCUGUGGCUAAGGACGGCUUCUCGGCGCGGUACAACAUGACCCACAAGGAAGUCAGCGAGACCUUCCAUUGCAGUAAUGCGUUUGGCAUGGAAUCUGGAAAGAUCACCGAUGAACAAAUCACGGCUUCAUCGAGUUUUUAUGACGAAAACUGGCUGCCGCAUCAGGCCAGACUCAACUACAACAACAACGGAUGGACGCCCAACGAGGACAGCAACAGAGAGUACAUACAGGUGGACCUCUACACUUUGAAGGUGAUCACGGGCAUCGCCAUGCAGGGCGCCAUUUCCAAGGAGACGCAAAACUCGUACUAUGUGACCACUUUCAAGCUAGAGGUCAGCACCAAUGGCGAGGACUGGAUGGUUUACAGACACGGCAAGAAUCACAAGGUUUUCCACGCAAAUACCGACGCCACGGAGGUGGUUCUCAACCGGAUCCCUCAGCCGGUGCUGGGCCGCUUCGUGCGAAUCCGACCCCAGACGUGGAAGAACGGCAUCGCGCUGCGCUUUGAGCUUUACGGCUGUCAGAUUACGGACGCUCCGUGCUCAGAGCUUCAAGGCAUGCUGUCUGGGCUGCUGGCCGACUCGCAAAUCUCGGCCUCCUCCAUGAGGGACAUCCACGGCUCCAUGGGCGCAGCCAGGCUGGUGGCCAGCCGCUCGGGCUGGUUUCCCAACCCCACGCAGCCCGUAGCCGGAGAAGAAUGGCUGCAGGUGGACCUUGGUGUGCCCAAGAUGGUGCGCGGGGUCAUCACUCAGGGCGCACGAGGGCUGGAAGGCAGCACUAGCGCCGAGAACCGAGCCUUCGUCAGGAAGUACAAAUUGGCUCACAGUUUGACCGGAAAGGAUUGGGCGUACAUCACGGACAGCAAGACAGGGUUUGCAAAGAUUUUUGAGGGCAACAGCCACUACGAUACGCCAGAGGUGCGACGCUUCGACGAGAUCAUGACUCAGUACGUCCGGGUUUUUCCCGAGAGGUGGUCCCCCGCUGGAAUUGGCAUGAGGAUGGAGGUCCUCGGUUGUGACCUGCCUGAAACAACCACCGUGCCUGACACAGCAACGCCCACCCUGCCCAAGUUGGAAAAGUCCACUGCGGCAAUGAGACCUGCCACCACGCCGUCACUGUGGGCCGUAUGUGACUUUGAAAUGAGCCUGUGCGGCUGGUCUGCGGAUCCCCAGUCCGGUGUCAGCUGGUCCUUGCACACGGCCGGGAACAGCGCUGCCGGUCAUGGCCCACAUGAAACCAGGUUGGACCUGAAACUGGGAUCAGAGAACUUCUCGGGGAACUACCUGCACCUGGACGCGGGGCCCCACACCCAGCGCAAGCGCGCCAGGCUCCUGAGCCCGGAGGUGGCCCCCGAGCAAGGCCCGCUCUGCCUGCUCUUUUACUACCAGCUUCAGGGGGAGGCGCUGGGGAGCCUGCGGGUCCUGCUCAGGGACAGCGAGCAGGAGGAGACGCUGCUGUGGUCUCUGAAAGGAGAUCAGGGGCCUCACUGGAGGGAGGGCCGCACCAUUUUGCCCCAAAGCCCCAAAGAAUAUCAGGUGGUGUUCGAAGGUUUUUUCGAGUAUCCGACCAGAGGCCACAUCAGAAUCGACAACAUCCACAUGAGCAACACGGUCAACCUGGAGCAGUGCACACAGACUUUCCACCCCUUGACUCCUGGCAUAACAAAUCCCGGGCCGACGGACUUCGGGGAAGACGGCGACUCGGGCAAACCCUCCGCGAACGAAGAAUAUUCCUUUCCCGGUUGGCCGUCGCACUUCUCCACGCCGUCCUCGGCCGACGCCGACCCCUCCUCCGUCACGCUGGUGUCGGAACGGGACAAGGGCGGCGCCUGGCUGUACAGCCUGGACCCCAUCCUGCUCACCAUCAUCGUGAUGAGCUCUCUGGGGGUCCUGCUGGGGGCCGUCUGCGCCGGGCUGCUGCUCUACUGCACGUGCUCGUACGGCGGCCUGUCGUCGCGCUCCUCCACCACGCUGGAGAACUACAACUUCGAGCUGUACGACGGCAUCAAGCACAAAGUCAAGAUCAACCAGCAGAGGUGCUGCUCGGAAGCGUGAGGGAAGGAGCGUUUUGGACCGAGAGAUGCGACGGAGGGGGGGGGGGGGGGGGGGGGGAGUUUGAUCUUUGCUUGGAUGCCGUGUGCCGGGACCGACCUUCGACGCCCGAGGGUGCCGACCUCGCGGUCCGGUCCACCUUCUCAAAUCUCCUCCGCCUGCAGGAGAGCGCCCGCUUGCUUGUGACGAACGAAUGACGAAUGACAGAUGACGUGCGACUUUGCGUAUCGACCCGCCGGAGAGACGGAACGACAAUCUGAACGCGGAGGUCUCGAACGGCAGGUUCCCGACCGUCCGUCCGAGUGGCUUCGCCGGGGAUUCGGUACCGAAUGAAAAGGCAAAACGAGGUCGAAGUGACGUCUUCGUCCGGAGAAGGACGGACGGCGUGCGGAAAGCUGAAAUGUCACUUUUGGACAACACAUAUCAAGUGAAUGCCUUUGCCCUAUUUAAAAAAAAAAAUAAAUAAAUAAUAGAUAUCAAAUGUGACUUUAUCGGAAUUUUUUUUUUUUUCCCUUGUUUUUUUUAAUUUCCAGUAUGAGUUCUGUAAGUUUUGGAAAAAAAGUCCACCCGGCUUUUUUCCUUCUUUUUUUUUUCCCGCCCUCGGUGUGCGCAUUGUGAAACCAGUGGCAUAGAAAAGUACCGCUAAAUGUUUUUGUUCACUUUUUUAGACUUGGAGGGUGAAAAGUUGCAUUUGUAAAGCAAUUUUUUUUAGACUUCUUUUUAGCGCUGUGUUUGAAUUUUUUUUUUUUUUUUUCGCUCUUAACCCGGCACAUUUUCUACGGGGACGGAUACGAGCGGACGGGAAAGCUCGAAAUGUUCCGGAGCUGUGCUUUAGAUGCUAUAGUUUUGUCUAUAUACGAUAUAUACGCUAUAUGUAUAUUUUUGUUUUUCCAGACUGUAAGAUGACACUGUGUGAGCUGAACGUCAACGAUGUUUUUUUUUUUUUUUUUUAUUGCAACCUAUGGAUUGCCAAAGAGUUGCGUGUCCAUGCAUGAGGAUCGAAAAAGAGGGAAGCGCGCCAGGGGGAAACGGACACGCAAAUCGAGCCUUAAGAUAAUUGCAGAAAAACGUCGUAACGGAGGACAGCCAUCGUGGGGGGGGGGGGGGGGGAAACCGGUCCGACGUCACGUUUAUGCGCAGGACGAGAAACCUUUGUCACCACACAUCCGAAAAUCCUCGUUAGGAUCCCGGGUGACGUGAGGCGAGGUGCACUCGAGCCGGCCAAUCACGGGGCACACAUGGAGACAAACGGCCAAUCGCAAUGGGGGGGGGGGGGGCAGAGUCUUCAAGGAGCCUUGACGUGAAUGAAGGGAGAAGCGAGCGUAGUCAGAAACGACACCAAUUUGGUUUCUAGAUGGAAAAAGAUGAUUGAAAUUUUUUCCUUGAGCAUAACGUCGACGUGGCCUGCGCUAAAAAUGAGUUUGAAACCCGUGACUUCAUCUAUCAGUGGACAAUUAAGUUGUUUUUUUACUUAAAAAUGCUUAAUCAACAGGUUUUAGUCAUUAUUUUUCCUUUUAUUUUAUUCAUUAAGUUAUUUGUUAAUUGCUUCAUUGUAAAUGCUAACUAAAAUAAACAAUUUGCAUAUUAUCGCAUCAGUCCCAAACUGCCUGUGUCCAAAUUUGGGUAAGUUAAUAUUUUCUGCAAAUCAAUAUUUUUGGGAAAAUGAAAUGAUCCAGACCCACGUGGACAAAUGAUGUUGAGUGCUGGUUUUUUUUUUUUUUUUUU